AUGGAAGCGUCGACGGAGGGCUUAAACGUUCGCUACAGGGAAGAAGACGGCAUGGUGUUCUUUGAGAGCUACAAACCUCCCUCUCGGGAUGCCAUCCACCUGCCCACCUACGUCCUCUACCUGAUCAUGGCCAUGUUUAUCUUGUUCGGUGUUCUUUAUGCCAUCAUCGGCCACCUCAUAAAAGACCUCUGCCAUGACUUUGCAGAUUGGCUGUUUGGGGAGCAGCCUGAGGAGGUGGUGGUGAACUACUGCGAGGCCAAGGAUAAGUUCAUGGUAGACUGGUGCCCAGAAACGUCCCCGGAGCUGGAGGCGUUGGCCCGGGCCGAGGAGAACAAGGUGCUCGACAGGGACUUCAUGAAAGCCCCCGCCAUCUGGAUCAUCUCAACAGAGCCUGAGGCCAGCAGGUCGGGACCCCGUGUGGUGUUCGGGAAGAGGAGCUGA